AACUAUUGCAGUUUACGGUCACACUGUCAACAGGAAAAACGCGAACGCGUAAAGAAAUAUUUUAUUUUAUUUAAUUUAUUAGUUCUUAGCGAUAAAACUGUAGAAAGGCCAUAGUCUCGGACUUCAUAGACAUUUGCAUAAAUAAAAAACAAAAAUGGGGAGCGCACUGGAAAACUAUGUAAAUCAGGUGCGCACGCUAAGUGCAGCGGGCAGUUAUCGCGAGCUGGCGGAUGUGUUGCCCGAAUCGCUGUCCCUGCUGGUGCGCAACUGGAGCAUAUUGGACAAUGUGCUUGAAACACUGGACAUGCAACAGCAUACGCUGGGCGUCCUCUACGUGCUGCUCGGCAAGCUACACAGCGUUGCGACCGCAAAUCCAGAACCAAUGCAAAUUAUAGAGUUAAUGCGUGAAUUUGUGCAGCGCAGCAAUGUGGACCAACUGCGCUACGCCGUGUGCCCAUUCUAUGAGACUUGUCAUUUGUUUACGGACUUUUUGGUGCAGCAGAAUUUAAGCAUUUUGGGCAUUAAAGUGCUCUCGCUGGCCAUUGAGCAAAUACGACAAAUGGAUACACAGCUAACGCCCAUACACGCCGAUCUCUGCCAGCUGAGCCUAAAGUCGAAAAACUUUAAUCUAAUACUGCCUUAUUUGGAUAUGGAUGUAACAGAUAUUUCCACCGUAGCAGCCGAGUGCAAAAAUCAACAGCAACAGCAGCCGCAGCACACGCUCGAUGCAAACAACGAUGCAAAGUACUUUUUGUUAUACUAUUAUUAUGGCGGCAUGAUCUACACGGCUAUUAAAAACUAUGAGCGUGCUCUCUAUUUCUUUGAGGUGUGCAUCACAACGCCAGCGAUGGCCAUGUCGCACAUUAUGCUGGAGGCAUACAAAAAGUUUCUAAUGGUUUCAUUGAUAGUGGAGGGCAAGAUAGCGUAUAUACCAAAGAACGCACAGGUCAUAGGACGUUUUAUGAAACCACUGGCUAGUCAUUAUCAUGAUCUGGUCAAUGUGUAUGGCAAUUCGUCAAGCGAAGAGCUGCGCAUUAUAAUACUCAAAUACAGUGAAGCAUUUACGCGUGAUAAUAAUAUGGGCCUAGCCAAGCAGGUUGCGACUUCCCUUUACAAGCGAAAUAUACAACGUCUGACGAAAACUUUUCUCACGCUUUCCCUGAGCGAUGUCGCCAGUCGCGUCCAAUUGCCAAGUGCAGCGGAAGCUGAGCGCUACAUCUUAAAUAUGAUCAAAUCGGGCGAAAUUUUUGCCAGCAUUAAUCAAAAGGAUGGCAUGGUGCUCUUCAAGGAUGAUCCAGAACAAUAUAAUUUGCCCGACAUGUUUCUUAAUGUGCAAACAAACAUAACGCAGGUGCUCGAUUUGGUUAAACAAAUCAACAAAAUGGAAGAGGAGAUUAUACUAAAUCCCAUGUAUGUGAAAAAGUCGUUAGGCAGUCAGGAUGAGGACUUGGCGUCGCAGCACCCCAAGACCUAUUCGGGCGAUCCCACGGAUUGAGCAAAUGAGGGAAACAGCAGCAACAGCAGCAGCAGCAGCAGUAACAGUAGCAGUAGCAGCAGUAUGGGCAAGAGCCGCAGCAGCAACCACUAAAGCAGACACAACUGCUAAAUUAUAGAUGGAAACAUGCUAUUUUAAAAUAAUAAAAAAGAAACACUAAUGUAUAAAUCAAUGACUAAUGCGCAUACCAAUCAAAAUCACAAAAAAUGCCAAAACCAUUAUUGAUUGUACGCACAGAUAGCAAAUCGGUGAUAAGAAACUAUCAGGCCACAAACAACGAAUUGCUUUGCACUUGAUUC